CCUGUAGAGCUCAUCUUCAGCAUCUGGUUGAUCACCUCCUAUGAUUGUGAUUGCCGUGAUUGGUACGGUGUUUGCUGGCGAGAUGGUGAUACUUGGAUUGACGACGAAACUUGGGUUUAUGAAUGCGAUGGAACCAAUGCAACCGAUGGGAAAUUUGUCGGAUGUGAAGUGGGACCUCCACCCAGAGAAACCGUAUACGUAGGCGAAAAUCGAACGGUGGGAUUGCUGUGGCACAGUUGUGAGGCAAACGAACAGCGCUUGAAAUAUGAUUCAGAACCACACUGCCUUGUUAAUGGUUCCAUCAAAAAGGUUCGUUCGGAGUUUCGCGACGGCCGCUUUCAAUGGUUAUGCCUAGAAACUGGACGAUGGGUCGUCGGCUGUUAUUAUGCAAACGAAACACAUCCCGAUGUGUACUUGAAGAUUGGUGAGCAUGGCUAUAACGGUCUGAUCAAGCACGUUUGCGAUCGAUACAAGGACUAUCCUGGACGAGUACAGUACUACGCUGAGGUUCGAAACGAUGUGCACGUGAAGCAUCCAACAAAUAAAGGAAUAAAUAAAAACUUUCCGGAACCAGCUGAUCUACGGAUUAAAGACAAAGUUGAACGAUGGGUCCAUGAAAGUGCAUCGAUGUUUAUCGCAAAUGAAGAAGUACUUCAUGGAAAAGUUCGGUAUCUACCGGCUUCCCGACGGCAAUGGCCAACUAAUCAGCACUAG